AUGAGCAUCGUGGUGACCAAAUCGCCAUCGGUGGUCGUCCGGCCAUCGGCGCCGGUGACGAUGGACACAAGCAAGAUUGUUCUCUCGCCUUUCGACAAGCCUGUUGCCAUCAUGCCGACGGCAGUGUUACAGGUGUUCGAGCAUCCGAUCCAUGAGCCCGCGGAGACCAUAAGGAGGGCCCUCUCUCAAGCAUUGGUUCACUACUACCCGAUCGCCGGUCGUCUCACCGUCGACAAUAACGACGUCCACAUCGACUGCACCGGCGAAGGCGUGACCUUCGUCUCCGCGUCCGCCAACUGCACCAUCAAGGAGUUCAUGCGUGACAUCGAUGAGCGGACUCCUGAUCCCGCAACGGCGGUUCUACGGAAGCUCCUCGUCGACUACCCGGCCAUGGGCUUCCGCCACCCUGACCCUUUUGUGAUGAUGCAGGUCACCGCCUUCUCAUGUGGUGGCUUCGCCGUCGGGGUGACGUGGAACCAUGGCAUGGCUGACGGCUUCGGGAUCGCACAGUUCCUACAAGCCGUCGGCGAGCUUGCCCGUGGACUGCCAGCUCCGACCAUCAUACCGGCCCGGUGGGACGAGGCAACACAGGCUGUAUCUCCUUCCUCCCUCUUGUCUGCUAAGCACAUUAUGCCCAGCGUCACGCACCCACUGAAUCUUACCUUGCAUAACCUCGCCAUUUCAUCGAGACUGAUCAGCAGCGUCCGAGGUUCAUCGUGCACCGUGUUUGAGGCAGUGGCUGCUGCACUAUGGAAGUGCCGCACACGGGUAGUCAUGUCAGACCCGGAGGCAGCCACCAUGCUCUUCAUGGUGGUGAAUUCACGCAAGUACAUGGGCGUGAGGGACGGGUACUAUGGCAACUGUACCACCCUGCACAUGGCCAUGGCGAAGAGUGGCGAGGUGGCGAACAGCAGUAUCCUAAAUGUGGUGAAGAUUAUAAGGCGUGCUAAGGAGCAGAUACCUGAGCAGCUGAAGAAGGGAGAAAUGGUACCACAGGCCAUUCGCGAGCUCAGCGAGAACAUGAACAUGGUGGCAAGAUAUGAGAGUGCACUGGUUUUAACAUCGUGGCGAAACAUCGGCUUCGAGGACGUGGAUUUUGGCGGUGGGAAGACGACGAGGGUUAUGACGGUGUACCAGCCGACCGUGUUAUGGCCGAUGUGCGUGGUGUGUCCGCCAUGCUGGGAGAGCGGGGCCAGGGUGCUGUCCAGCUGCGUCAUGGAUCAUCACGCCGAUGCCUUCCUUCGAGAAAUAGCCAUGGUCUAAUCUAUAUGUCAAA